ACCCAGGCUGGGAAUCCCAGUGAGGUCCUAGGCGCAGGCAGCAGGGGGCGCCCUCCAUGGGGGCACGUCUCCUCGUCGGGCCCCCGGAGCCAUGCUGUCCCGCAAGGGCAUCAUCCCCGAGGAGUACGUGCUGACUCGCCUGGCCGAGGACCCCGCCGAGCCCCGCUACCGGGCCCGCGAGCGGAGGGCCCGCUUCGUGUCCAAGAACGGCAACUGCAACGUGGCCCACAAGAACAUCCGCGAGCAGGGCCGCUUCCUGCAGGACGUGUUCACCACGCUGGUGGACCUCAAGUGGCCGCACACGCUGCUCAUCUUCACCAUGUCCUUCCUGUGCAGCUGGCUGCUGUUCGCCAUGGGCUGGUGGCUCGUGGCCUUCGCGCACGGGGACCUGGCCGCGGCCGCCGGCGAGGACACGCACGUGGCCUGUGUCACCAGCAUCCAGUCCUUCUCGUCCGCCUUCCUCUUCUCCAUCGAGGUGCAGGUGACCAUCGGCUUCGGCGGGCGCAUGGUGACGGAGGAGUGCCCGCUGGCCAUCCUCAUCCUCAUCGUGCAGAAUAUCGUGGGGCUCAUGAUCAACGCCAUCAUGCUGGGCUGCAUCUUCAUGAAGACGGCGCAGGCGCACCGGCGCGCAGAGACCCUCAUCUUCAGCAAGCACGCGGUCAUCGCCCUGAGGCACAACCGGCUGUGCUUCAUGCUGCGGGUGGGGGACCUGCGCAAGAGCAUGAUCAUCAGCGCCACCAUCCGCAUGCAGGUGGUGCGCAAGACCACCAGCCCCGAGGGCGAGGUGGUGCCGCUCCACCAGGUGGACAUCCCCAUGGAGAACGGCAUAGGCGGCAACAGCAUCUUCCUGGUGGCCCCGCUCAUCAUCUACCACGUCAUCGACGCCCACAGCCCGCUCUACGACCUGGCGCCCGGUGACCUGCACCACCAUCAGGACCUGGAGGUCAUCGUCAUCCUGGAGGGCGUGGUGGAGACCACGGGCAUCACCACGCAGGCCCGCACCUCCUACCUGGCCGACGAGAUCCUGUGGGGUCAGCGCUUCGUGCCCAUCGUGGCCGAGGAGGACGGCCGCUACUCCGUCGACUACUCCAAGUUCGGCAACACGGUCAAGGUGCCCACACCGCUCUGCACCGCCCGGCAGCUGGACGAGGACCGCAGCCUGCUGGACGCCCUGACCCUGGCCUCUGCCCGGGGACCCCUGCGCAAACGCAGCGUGGCCGUGGCCAAGGCCAAACCCAAGUUUAGCAUCUCUCCGGAGUCCCUGUCCUGAGGCUGGGCUCACCCCCACUCCACAGGCCCUCUCUGUGUGACUGUACACAGGCAGUGUGGUGUGGUACGUAGCAUGGACCCAGUGGGGGGACCAGACCCUGGGGUGAGGCUGCCCUCUCCACACACACACACACACACUCACACACUCACACACACACACACACACACACUCACACACACACACACACACACACACACACUCACACACUCUCAGUGCAGCCUCCCCCGCUGCUGCUGGCCCAGGGUGUUACAAGGCACUUGUCACUACGCUAUUUCUAGGCCCUGGAGGGAGCCUGUGCUGGGCUAUUUUUGUCCCUGUUCCUCCCAGCCCCGGCUCAGGACUGGCUCACCCCUGCACCUUCUGCCCCUGGGACAGGGGAAACCUCUGGGCUGAAAACUAGACUUCCAGUCGGUCCUAGGUCCCCAUGCCCCGCCGCCCCCCACACCGGGCAGGUGGGUGGGAGUGGACAGUCUCCAGUCUCUGCUGUUUGUGUGGCUCCUGAAGAUGCCUUUGGUCAGGCCUCAGUCCUGCCUGGCAUCUUGAGAGAGGGAAGGGCCGAAGGGCAGGCCCGGCCUCCUGGGAGCCCAUUCCGACUGCCGGGUGGAAGGUGUGCAGCCUCCACCAACAGGAGCAGCCUGAGGUUGGCAGGGCUCCCCCGCAGAGCAGACUCAGGGCAGAGGGAGGCCAGUGUGAGGAGGUUUGAGGAGGCUCCGAAGCAGGGGAGAGGAGGUGGCCCUAUGUGCCUGUCCCCUGCCCCAACACCAAGGCUGAUACCCUGAGAGCCCCAUGGGCUGGAGCGGCCUUGCCCAGCUGUUCCUGUCUGUGUCUGCCAAGAGAGGCCAAGGUGGGCUGUGGCCAGGCAGAGAGUGGCCAGGGGAGGAGGGCCAUCACACUCCACAGGCCUCAGGCUGAAUUGCCUCCUGGCUCCUGGCCAGUGGUUGCCCCUGGGGCGGCUGUGGUAGGUCUUUGAGUUGCUGAAUGAGGAGAUGUUUAGGUGGGGAUGAGUGAGGCCCCUGAGGCUGAACCCUAAGUCUGAACUUUUAGAGCAGUGCUGUGUGUCCUUGCCCAGAACUCUGCUUCUCCACUGUCAAUAAAACCCCCUUCGCGAUGUAAA